GCUCAGCCCUUCUUUUUCCGCUUCCGGUCGCAGUAUCGACAAGAGGGAAUCCUGCACAAUGUCUGCUCAUCUGCAAUGGAUGAUUGUUCGCAACUGCUCAAGUUUCCUUAUUAAAAGGAACAAGCAAACUUACAGCACGGAGCCCAACAACCUGAAGGCCCGUAACUCCUUCCGCUACAAUGGUCUGAUACAUCGCAAGACAGUAGGAGUAGAACCAGCUGCUGAUGGAAAGGGUAUUGUUGUAGUCCUUAAGAAGCGUGCAGGCCAGAGAAAGCCAGCCACUUCCUAUGAAAAAGUCACCAUCAACAAGAAUGCACGGGCCACUCUCAGCAGCCUCCGCUAUAUUAUUUGCAAGAAUAAUUACCGCAAGGAUCUGCGCAUGGCUGCCUUGCGUCGGGCAAGUGCAAUUUUGCGCAGCCAGAAGCCCGUGGUGGUGAAGAAGAAGAGGACUCGGGCUCCCAAGACUGCAUAAAAAACAGUUCUCAAAUUAUCUAAUAAAAGAAUACAACCAGAAAGCA